UUGAUUGUCUCGUAAUAUCCAAACCUCAAACAUUUAAAAACACUCAUCAAUCGGAUUCACUACCAAGUAUCUCGGAGCUUAGCUUCCUUAAUUCAUUCAUUAACUUCGAUCUCUUACUUAGCUAAGCUAAUUUCAUAAUUAAUUCGAUCUUUCCAAGCUAAUAGAGUCGUCUUCACUCAUAUAUAUAUAAAAUCAUUAUGGGAAGCGAAGCACAAGAGACGCGAUCGUCGCUGGCCGCGGCCCGCACCGGCAGCGGCGAGGAUCUGUUCGAGAUCACGGCGGUGGAGGAUAUGAGCGCCACGAAGUCAAUGGAGGAGACGGACGACGACUACGACUGCCGGAGCAGCUUGUUUUCGUACGAUUUCCUCAGCGACUGCAACCGGUGCGUCGCCGGCACUUACGUCGUCGUCCGGAGUGAGCCGAAAAGUGAGGUGGAUGCCAGCAUGGACGCUCUGGUGUGGGCCCUCGCCAAUGCCGUACACCCGCUGGGGUCUUCCAUGGUGUUUCUGGUACAUAUUUUCCCCGAGACCAAGUUCGUCCCUUCGCCAUUGGGGAUGAUUCCGAUAAGCCAAGUGAAUCCAGAGCAGAGAAAGAAGUACAAAGCUCAGGAAAGAAGCAAGAGGAGAGAGUUCCUUAAGCAGUUUCUCGAUGUGUGCUCAGCUUCAAAGGUUAAAGUGGAAACCAUAGUUAUAGAGAGUGAUGCAGAAGCAAAAGCAAUAUUGGACCUCAUUCCUCUAUGUAACAUCAGAAAACUGGUUCUGGGCAGUUCCAAGGCAAACCUGAGGAGAUCAAAGUAUAAAAAGGGGGGUAGCACAGCUAAUAAGAUAAUGCAAAAUGCACCAGAAUUUUGUGAUUUUAAGAUGAUAUGUGAAGGCAAUGAGGUUGCAAUAGAGGAGAACUUGUUUGAGUCUCCUGCUCCGAGCCAAAGAAGCCAGAGAAGUCAAAGAAGUCAAAGAAUGAGUGUUGAGAGUCCAUUAUCUAAUCUUAGCCAAAGGCAAAUGCAGAGCGAAUUGGAACAUAAUUCUUCUCGAUGUUUCUGUUUCUAAGCCAAAUUACUCGUGAGGAUCCGAGCUGUUCAUUUCAGAGUUUGUACAAAAUCAUGAAUUUGAUCCUUUCUUUCAUUUUCGUUUCAUAAUGUUAUCCGUUC